AUGGAAUCCCAGGAACAUGUUACCCUCACAGUUGAUCACCUUCUCAAGCUUAAAGCAGCGAAAAAUUUUUAUGAGAAUUCACAACCAAUUACCUCCUUAGAUUUUGAUAAUACAGGUGAAUUUUGUGUAACUGCUUCGGCCGAUGAUUCGAUUAACCUUUACAAUUGCCUUCAAGGAAGAGUGGUCUCUUUGGAAAUGUCACCUUCUAAUGACCUGUUCAUAUCUGGAAGCGUAAACGAAGGAGUGAAAUUAUGGGACUUAAGACAACCUAAUGAAAUUGGUAGUCUUCACAUUCUAGCAGGAAGGCCUUGCGUGGCAUUCGAUCCUUCAGGACGCGUUUUCGCGAUUGGUCUUCAGAAUCUUGACAAUUCAGUGCGGUUGUACGAUGUGCGACAAUAUGAUAAGGCGCCUUUCAGUACAUUUAACGUCUUCGAUAGUUAUAUGGCCCCAAGUAUUUAUCCAAAUCCACCUAUAUUUCCCGAAUGGACAGGACUCAAGUUUAGUAACGAUGAUGAAAAAAUAUUAGUAACUACGGCAGGAGACGUUCAUUAUAUAAUUCACGCUCAUACAGGUGAAUUAAAGUCACGAUUGGUUGGACAUGUGGGACUUAAUAAUACAUCAUCUUUUUUGGGUGGUGAGGAGACGAGCUUCACACCAGAUGUAUAUCCUAUAACAGGAUCCCAAGAUGGACAGAUAAACUUUUGGGAUACUGGAACAUCCUUAAGCACAUCAGCCAUUAUAUCAGAUGGGAUUGAUUUAAGACCUAUUCAUACGCUAGAACAUCAUGUUAGGCCAACGCAAGUUGUAAGAUUCAAUCCAGCAAGGCUUAUGAUGGUUAGUGCGUGUACAGAUUUGGCAUUUUGGUUACCGUCUAUUGAGUCAGAAGAAUCAGACAAUGUAUUGGACAAUGUAUUGGACAAUGUAUUGGGCAAUGUAUCGGAUAAUGUAUCGGAUAAUGUAUCAAAUAAUGAAAUGGUUGCUGACUCAUCUCUUGAAGUCGUAGAUACUUUAGAUAAUUUAAAUGUGUCGCAAAAUGCUUCUAACGAUGAUCUAUCACAUACAAGUGACACGACUAUCACAUCUACAUCAACAUAA